AUGGCAGUCGGGGCAGCCCUCCUGUUCCUCCUCGUCGCGCGCGCCCGCGCGCUCACGGCCCACGCGACGCGGCUCCGGGCGCUCCGCGACUGGGCCGUCGCGUCGGAGGCGCUGCCGGUUCGAAGUGCCCUCACGUCCCUGGAGCUCGGGGAGCGCAGCAAGCGCGCGUCGGCCCUCCGCGCGGCCCUCGACGAGACCUACGACGACCUCCGGACCCUCGAGGCCGCGCAGGACGCCAAGCCCGAGCGGGCCCGGCAGACCUUCGACGUCCUCGACCGCGACGCCGACGGCGCCGUCACGCUCGACGACGCCGCGACGGAGGUCCUCGACGGCGUCGACCGCGGGCGGCUCGAGGCGCGCUUCGCCGAGGCCGACGCCGACGCGUCCGGCGCGCUGGACUUCGACGAAUUCGAGACCUACUGGCGGAGCCAGCAACGGCACCAGGACGGCGACCUGGCCUCGAAGCUGACGGACCGCGCCGCGGACCUCGAGACGCUCGUGGAGCUGUCCCUCGAGCUCACGGCGGCGGCGCUCGACACGAAGCUCGUCGCGAGCCUCGGCGGCGCCGGCCAACCCGGGGAGCUCUCGGCCUUCGUCGACGAGUGGUGCGCCGUCGACGCCGAGCGGCGCGCGCUGCCCCGGCCGUCGGUCGUGCGGACGGACUGCCGGUCCUUCGUCGACGACCGCGAGGCGCUCCUCCAGCGCGCGGGCAAGCUCGCGGACGACCUGCAGGUCGCGGACCCGGGCGCCGCGCGGAGCCCCGUCACGGCCGCGCGGCGCGCGCGCGACGCGGCCAAGUCCGCGAAAGGCAUGUUCGGCUUCGUGGGGCGCGGCAUGCGCAUCAUGGGCGCGGACGUCGCGCGCGCCGGCGGCCUCGCGGCCAAGGGGCUCCGCAAGCGCGGCAAGCUCGCGCCCCAGGAGGGCGCGGCCCUCAAGCGCACGGUCACCGACGUCGUCACGCUCGUCCCCUACGGGGCGCUGAUGGCCAUCCCGCUGUCGCCGCCGGGCCACGUCUUCGCCUUCACGCUCCUCCAGAAGAUGGGCGCGCCCGUGCCCUCGUCCUUCACGGCCCAGCGCCAGGAGCGAUCGGCGCCGCUGUCCUUCCCCGGCGACCUCGAGGGCCCCGUCGUCGCGCCGCCGCUCGCCGCGGCGCUGCGCUUCUUCGCGCGGACGUCGCUCCGCGCGUUCCUCGACGGGUCCACGGCCGCGUCGCGCGAGGCCGCGGCGGCGGCGACGUGGACGCGCUACGGGCGCGGCGACGUCGUCUGCGCCGCCGGCGCGCCCGCCGACAGCGCGCUGGUCGUCGCCCAGGGCGUCGUCGCGCUGUCCGUCGACGGCGUCGACGACGUCGGCCGCCUCGGCGCGACGGAGUCGACGGGCCACCUCUGCGCGCUCUUCCCGUCGGCCGUGCGCCACCGCACGCUUCGGGCCGCCUGCGACAACACGGUGGUCUGCUCCGUGUCCGCGGCGUCGCUGCGGGCGCUCCAGGACGCGGACCCCGCGGGCCUGCUGCGCCACUGCGAGCGCGUGUUGAGCCGCGUCUACAAGGUCGCGACCUUCGCGCUCGAGCGCUGGCUCGAGGAGCCGCCGCUGCCCGUGCGCGCGGCGUCCAUCGGCGACGACGACGUCCUCGAGGCGCUCGCGCCCUUUGGCGCGACCUACUCGCACGGCUGCGAGGUCUUCGCGGCCGACGAGGCGCCGUCGGCGAUCUUCGUGGUCCUGGACGGCGACGUCGUGCUCGAGCCGCGGCCCGCGGACCAGCGCUUCGCCGUGCUCGGGCGGGGCACGGUCUGCGGCGGCCUCGAGUUCGUGACGCGCGACGCGGCCUACGGCGCGUCGUGCUUCGUCGCGUCCGACGCCGCCGUCGUCGCGCGGCUCGACGUCGCGGCCGUCGCGGCCGUCGGCGCGCCCGCGGCGGCCGUGCUGCGGGCCGCGGCCAUGGCCGCGGAGCCCACGGUGCGGCGCUGGGCGCGCUACGGCCUGAGCCGGCGGUUCCUGCGCGCGGGCGAGUCCCUCUGCCGCUGCGACGACGAGGCCGACGCGGCGUACCUCGUCCUCGCGGGCCGCGUGCGCUGCACGCACUUUGGGGCCAAGCGCUGGCACGGGCCCGGGUCGCCGCGGGGCGAGCGCGCGGGGCCGAAGACGCGGUCGACGAGCCGCGCGGCGACGACGUCCGACGUGUCGCGCGGCGGCAUCGUCGGCAUGCGCGAGAUGCUCACGAAAAAGCCGGGCACGCGCUUCGCCAUGGACGCGACGUGCGCGCGCGACACGGAGAUCGUCGUGCUGCCGCGCGCGGCCGUCGACGCGCUGCCGGCGACGGGCUCCGCGGCGCUGCUGCGCCGGGAGCUGCAGCGGGCGACGCGGCGGACGGAGCCGCGGCCGUCGUCCAAGGUCACCCUAGCGUCCGUCGACGCGACGACGCUGUGCCUCCUCCCGAGCGGGCCGCGGGCGCGGCGCUACGCCCUGGGCCUCGCGCGGGCCCUCGCGUCGGCCGACGGUUUGUGCGACGCGGUCGUCGACUGCGCGGCGCGGGGCUUUCCCAAGCGGUCCGCGCGGUCGCCCUUCGCCGACGGCGAGGCGCCGUCGGGAACCUGCGCCGUGCUCGACGGCGCCGGCGCCGUCGCGGUCUUCGGGGCGGAGGCCUUCGAGGACGUCGAGGAGCUCCGGUCCAAGGUCGCCGCGUGGACGGCCGAGGCCGAGGCGAACUUCGCGCGCGUGCUGCUCGUCGCCGACGACGCGCCGACGCCCUGGAGCCGCGUCGCCGUGGCGUCGGCCGACGCCGUCGUCGUCGUCGCGCUCGCGUCGGGCCCGCCGGACCGGGGGAGCGCGGAGCGCGCGCUGCUCUGGCCCCUCGAGGACAGGACGGGCGCGCCCGACGGCGCGCUGCCGCGCCAGCUCCUCGUCGUCGUCCACGAGGCCCGCGACGCGGCCUGGCCCAAGCCGCGGCGCACGGCGGCGUUCCUGAAGCCGCGGCCGGCGCUCGACGAGCCCGGCCACCUCCACUGCCGCUGCGCGUCCGCGGCCAGGUUCCUCGCCGCGGACUGCCGCCGCCUCGCGCGCUUCGUCGCGGGCCGGGCCGUGGGCGUCGUCCUCGGCGGCGGCGGCGCCAAGGGCCUGGGCCACCUCGGCGCGCUCCGGGCCUUCGAGUCGCUGGGCAUCGAGAUCGACGUCGUCGGCGGGUGCUCGCAGGGCGCGAUGAUCGGCGCGAUGCUCAGCCGCGAGGACGGCUGGCCCGGCGCGGGCUUCCCCGGCGGGUCCGAGCCGCUCGCGGAGACGCGGCGCCGCGCGGGCGCCUUCGCGGACGCGCUCUGCGACACGAUCACCGUCGUCAAGGACUACAACGCGGCGUCGACGUCGCUGUCCUAUUUCGGCGGCGGCGCGUUCGCGGGCGGCGUCGUCCGCGCCGUCGGCGACUUUGCCGUGGAGGACGCGUGGAUCCCCUUCUUCUGCGUGUCCACGGACGUGCGGACCUGCGACGUCCGCGUCCACGCGUCCGGCGACCUCGCGCCGCGCGCCGUGCUCGCGUCCAUGUCGCUCGUGGGCUGGUUCCCGUGUGGAUUCCAACCACUGGUUUGGGGGGUCCCCACCAAACUUCAGAACUCUCUAUCUCGGUCAAAUCGAAGUCGAUUCGGCUGA